AUGGCUUCAUCGGAUGACGUUUUCAAAGAACUAUUUGCUAGUAUAUACGAGCCCUUCUCUAGACUAAAUGAGAUGGAUUAUGAGCUCCAUGGUAUUUAUAUGGAUCACGAACCAGAGCAUGAGUUCAUGACUGCGCUUGAUAAAUGUAGGGACGUCUUUCUCAAUGUUCUAGUUAGUGAUGAAAACUUAAGGAAUUCAAGCAUGGCUGAUGAAAUCAGAGCACAAGUUUAUCAUGCUAAUGAAUGGCAAAGUGAUGAAGAAGGUGAACAAGAGGCGGUGAAGAAUAAGUACAGAAUUCAUGAUGCAAACACACCAUGGGAUAAGAUGGAACCUAAGGUAGGUGAUAUGUUUGAGUCUCCUGCACAACUUAAGUUUUGUAUUCAAAAUUAUGGGGUGUCAAAUGGAUAUCAGAUAUACUUUGAAAAAUGUGAUAAAACUAGACUAGUUGCAAUAUGUGGGAAGAGGACAGAGAUGAAUGAUUGUCCUUUCAGAUUGUAUGCUGGAUGGAUGUACAAUGAAAAAUCAUUUCAAGUUAAAAAUUUGGUUGCAGAGCAUCGUUGCAGUAGGAAGUUCAAAUUUGGAAGUCUUGUUUCCCCUGAAUGGAUAGGUAGGCAUUACAUUACUGAAAUUGCAAACACACCUAAGAUGAAACUUAGGGACAUGAUUGCCGAUAUCAAACAAAGGUUGAGAUGUGUAGUAUCCAUUGGGCAAGUCCGUAGGGCAAAAAAAUGGGCCACUGAGUUGAUUGAAGGAAAACUAACUGAACAUUAUGCUAGGGUAUGGGAUUAUGCUGAUGAAUUAUUAAGGUCCAACCCAGGUUCAACAUGCAAAGUUAGUGUCACUGUCAAUCCAGAUGGGAAGAACUACUUCCACAGAUUUUACAUUGGUUUCAAAGCUUUAAGUGAUGGAUGGAAAUUAGGGUGUAGAAGAGUAAUUGGUUUGGAUGGAUGCUUUCUGAAAGGACAGGUGAAGGGUGAGUUGUUGACUGCCAUUGGUAGAGAUGCUAAUAACCAGGUAUAUCCUAUAGCAUGGGCUGUUGUUGAUGUUGAAAACAAGCCUAACUGGACUUGGUUUAUUGAGCUUCUUAGAGAUAGUGUAGACUUUCAUGAUGGCAGAGGAUUGGUGGUGAUAUCUGACCAACAUAAGGGAUUGGUUGAAGCUGUAAAAGAUAUACUCCCAAAUGUUGAGCACAGGCAAUGUGCCAGGCAUGAAAAUGCAGCUGUUUGGGAAAAAUAUGAGGUUAUGGGUUGUAGUUCAUAG